CCCAGCGGAGCAGAGCUCGGAAGACGCGUCCGCGCCUCGGGAGGAAUCUACCCUUCUCCCCUCCACCUGGGCCUCUUUCGCUGCAGCCGCACCUCGGCCCCGGAACCCAGGGCUUCUUAAACCUCGUGGUGACAGGUGGAAAUCGUGACACAGAAGGGCAGUAUGAAGCCACUGAAGAAAAACAAAGCGGAAGAACCUCAAUUGGAGCCCCUGUGCUGCUGCGAGUACAUCGAUCGAAAUGGGGAAAAGAACCACGUGGCCGCUUGUUUGUGUGAUUGCCAGGAUCUCGAUGAAGGGUGUGAUAGAUGGAUCACAUGUAAAUCCAUGCAGCCAGAGACUUGCGAAAGAAUCAUGGAUACUAUUUCUGAUCGCCUCCGAAUUCCUUGGCUUAGGGGAGCCAAAAAAGUUAACAUUAGCAUCAUCCCCCCACUCAUCCUCCUGCCCGUCUUCCUCCGCGUGGCUUCCUGGCAUCUCCUCCUGGGGGUGGUGGUUUUGACCUCCCUUCCUGGGCUGGCUCUGUGGUACUACUACCUCACUCACAGAAGGAAAGAACAGACUCUGUUUUUCCUGGGCCUCGGACUGUUCUCUCUGGGCUACAUGUACUAUGUGUUCCUGCAGGAAGUGGUCCCCAAAGGGCGUGUGGGGCCCGCUCAGCUGGCUCUUCUUACCUGCGGGUUAUUUCUGGUACUCUUGGCCCUGUACAGAGCCAAGAAGAAUCCAGGCUACCUCAGAAAUCCAGCAAGCAAGGACAAAUCUCUCAGCAGUAGCCAAGUUGAAUGCCUGAGCAGAGACGGGCUGGAGAGGACCAGAGGGCUCCCCGGUGCAGGAUCGUUGGGCAGUCUCAGCAGCCGCACGCCGAAGGACGAUCUUAAGGGCUCUUGCAGGGUGUUGGCCGGAAGCCCUGCCAAGGUGAAGGAGGACUGGUGUGCCAAGUGUCAGCUGGUGCGGCCGGCCCGGGCGUGGCAUUGCCGGCUAUGCGGCGUCUGCGUCCGGAGAAUGGAUCAUCACUGUGUCUGGAUAAAUAGCUGUGUUGGAGAAUCAAACCAUCAAGCAUUUAUACUUGCCCUUUCGAUCUUCUUGCUCACCUCGGUGUACGGGAUAACAUUGACCUUGGACACCAUUUGUAGAGAUAGAAGUGUCUUCACAGCUCUCUUCUAUUGUCCUGGAGUUUAUGCAGAUUACAGCUCCGCCCUGUCCUUCACCUGCGUGUGGUACUCUGUGAUCAUCACGGCGGGCAUGGCGUACAUCUUCCUCAUCCAGCUGAUCAACAUCAGUUACAAUGUCACCGAGCGGGAAGUCCAGCAGGCCCUGCGUCAGAAGACGGGGCGCCGGCUCCUCUGCGGACUCAUCGUGGACACGGGCCAGUACAACCGGGGCUUCCUGCGGAACUGGCAUCAGUUCUCCACCCUGGGCACCGCCCCCUGCCACCACCCCGCUGAGGACAUUGUCUGA